AUGACAGAUCACCCUCCAACGCACGGGCAGGGAGACGCACCUCGUCAGCCGCCGGUACGGCUGCACUCACAGCAGCAGCAGCAACGACGCUCCCUCAUCCUCGACCGCCAGAAUGAGACCUACCGUUACAGCCUCCGACCCGCUUCAGUUGCCCGUUUCCCCCCAGACUUGGGGUCGAAACAACGCCCCGCUUCAGUACAGCCCCAGAGCACACCUGCGUCUGGCCCAAGGUCGGCAGCCUCGGAAAAGGCCGGACCCAGCCGCGAACCUUCGCCCGCCCCAACCAGACCCAAGUUGCCAGAUGGCAGCACGGCAGGUCGCCCACACCCUUCAGAGGCGGCCAAGCGCGGACAGAGGCGCUUGAGUGCGCGCCUCGUCACCGACAUUGACAGCCCCUCGCCCUCGGAGGCUUCGUCUCGCCCACCGUCUCGCGCACCGUCGCGAGCCGCGAUGGAUCGUCCGCUAAACGAGCUGGCACCCUCCGUUGGCCCGCCGCGCGCCUCGGUGACGGCGCUUGGCGAGCCUUCCAGCUCACGCGCCCAUCGACCAAAAACCUCGGUCAUAGGACUCCCCGUCGAUGAGGCUAGCCGUGGCACUGGCCCUCGCGAUGGGCUCCGGCUCCCGUUGACGCCGGAUCAUGAAGGCCUCCGGCGCAACAGCAAAAUCUUUUUCUCCUUCCCAUUCCCACACCCGACGACACCGGCAGGACCGGGCGAUCGUCUCGGUGCUGGGCACUCCCCACUUGGCUGGAUCACGGGGCCACUUCGCACAGUCGGAGGCUGGAUCGAUCGGGCGACCAGCGUCUUUGCCGGGCCCUACGAGAGGCGGCUGAUGAACGAGGAGCGGCAGGAUGACGAGCUCACGCGUCAGAUCGUCGAACGGCUCGAGAGAGGCGAGGGCGUCGCCCCAGGCUCACGGAGGACCUCGCUCGCCGAAUCGCUGCUAGCCCCGUUGCCGGGACAUGGAGGAGCUGCACUGGACGCACCGUCCAAGGCUUGUCCAGAAGCAAAGGCGGGCCCGAGUGCGGGGGGAGGCACGGACGAUGGCGACGAAAACGCGGGUCUUAGCAAGUACGGCACCUUCCCCCGUCAGCAGCAGCAGCAGCAGCAGCAGCAGCGGCAACAGCAGCAGCAGCGGCAACAGCGCACGUCAUGCCUGAGCACGCUGACGACCUCAUCGACCUCGACAUCGCUCAGCGAGCCAGAUCCAUCCGACCCGUACGGCUACCGCCGCCUGGCGGGACCUGUGCUCUUGCCGGCGUACAACGCCGACCUGGCGACGAGGCGGAGGGAGCGGCGGAGGGCGCGCUCGCGAGCUAGGUUCCAGUGCAUGGCGCUGUGGACCAUCUGGACAGUCUCCAUCGUCCUUGUUCUUCUCGUCAUUGGCAGCGGCGCCACCGUCUGGAGGGAUUGGAGGGACGGCAAGGGGACGCGGAUCGCUGUGAUGCUGUAG